UCUGCGUAUUCUCAUACUCUCUCCAGCACUGAGAGCAGUAGCUUACUGUUGCUGCACAGUAAGGCAGAAUCUCCAUCCAACUUGGGGAUUUGAGAAGCAGUCAUCAACCUUAUCCAUUUAAACCUUAAGCGUGGUGGAUUUUUUCACCAGCAGUUUUACAUGCCGUACAGCCUCAGUGUCUCUGAUCCUCUUUACCAGUCAACUACAAAGACAGAGGUGCCCUGGAGAGGAAAAGGGGCUUCGCUCUCUGGAUAAGAAAUGGACGUGGAUCGUGGAUUUUAUCGACAGGUGGAUGUCCAGGACCACGCUCACUACAUCGUUGCCUUCUUUGUCUUGGUUAUUGGAACAGUGGGUGUUUCUGGCAAUGCCUUGGUCAUGUAUGCCUUUUUCUGUAACAAGAAGCUACGGACUCCCCCCAACUAUUUCAUCAUGAACCUGGCAAUCAGUGACUUCCUCAUGGCAAUUACACAGUCACCUAUCUUCUUUGUUAACUCCCUUUACAAAGGGUGGAUUUUUGGUGAAACAGGCUGUAAAAUGUAUGCCUUUUGUGGAGCUUUAUUCGGAAUCACUUCCAUGAUAAACCUUCUGGCCAUCUCUUUAGACCGCUACAUUGUCAUCACCAAGCCUCUGCAGGCCAUUCGGUGGACCUCCAAACGACGCACUUGCCUCAUUAUCGCCCUGGUCUGGCUGUACUCACUAGCUUGGAGUCUUGCACCACUUUUGGGGUGGAGUUCAUAUAUCCCAGAGGGCCUGAUGACCUCAUGCACAUGGGAUUACGUGACAUCUACUCCUGCCAACAAAAGUUAUACUUUGAUGUUAUGCUGCUUUGUAUUCUUCAUCCCUCUGGGCAUUAUAUCCUACUGUUAUCUGUGCAUGUUCCUGGCAAUCCGCCAAGCAAGCAGAGAUGUGGAGAAGUUGGGGUCCCAGGUGAGGAAGUCGACCCUGAUCCAGCAGCAGUCCAUCAAGACUGAAUGGAAGCUGGCCAAGAUUGCCUUUGUGGUCAUCAUAGUAUUUGUUCUUUCCUGGUCGCCCUAUGCAUGCGUCACUCUCAUCGCCUGGGCUGGAUAUGCAAGCCUCCUCAAUCCCUAUUCCAAAGCGGUCCCUGCUGUUAUAGCCAAGGCCUCGGCCAUCUACAACCCUUUUAUCUAUGCCAUUAUUCACUCGAAAUACAGAGACACCCUGGCAGAAAAAGUUCCAUGUCUGCACUUCCUGUCCCAAGCCCCCAAGAGGGACUGCAUAUCAGUGUCACACAGCGAGUCCUCCUUCAGGGACUCAAUGCUGAGCAGACAGUCAUCAAUUUCCAAAACCAAGUUUCACAGAGUUUCCUCUAUGUCUACAACAGACACAUUGUGGAGUGAUGUGGAGCUGGACCCUAUGGGCCAUUGUCUGAGAUCCAGCUAUUCCCUUGGAACUCUGAGGGACAAAGAGUACAACUCAUUGGCCAAGCAGACCAAGGGAAAGAGAAGCCAUAGCCAGGAACAGACUCCCAUCCCAGAGCCAGGCUCACUGAACAGUUGUGACCACAACCUAUCGCCUGUGCCAGUAAUGCUCUCAGCCUGGGGGAGGAGAAUGAAGGACAAUCCUGACAACUGGAAUGAAAAGAAGAAACAGGACGAUGAGCAAAAGAAAGAGGGCGAACAUGAACAGAGGGAGGAACAGCAAGCAGAGAAGAAGAGAGAUGAGAAGGAUUCGCAUGUCCUCUUCCAGCCUGAUUGUCUGGAUAAUAUUGUACGUGUGCACUCCCAAGCAAUCAUCAGACCUUGCUCAACAAAAGGCCUUCAGGACCACAGCUAUUGUGAGGAACAACAAAGAACGCAGAGCAGACAGAGAGAGCUGUUGCUUGAUUUACAGACUCUGGACUGUUCUGCUCAAAGAUUUCUCUCUCCAACACCAGGAAGCUAAAUGUUAAAUAUGUUUAUUUAUCUAUACGGCUAUGUGCUACUGUGACAUGGCAGAGUAAACUGAUUUUUUUUUGUAUGUUAGAUAAUCUUCUCAAGAAGCUGUUAAAACUUUAAUUUCAACUGUUUUGCCAUGAAGUGUAACCAAAUACAUUUGUUUCUAGGUUUUUGUGCAACUGUACGAAAUAACGUACCCUUGUUUUUGUUAAAUCUUGAAUGUGUGUUGUUUAAAAGGAUCUAUUUGGAGAAAUGGGAUAUAAUAUUCAUAGGUGUGUUUUCAUUAGUGUACAAUCACCUGAUCAUAAAAAUUGUUGUGUCUUUGUUACCUUAGAAUGAGAUGUUUUUAUCUACAGAGGGAGCGGUACUUCUGCUAUGGAGGCUGCCAUGUCGAACCGCCAUGUUUCUACAGUAGCCCAGAAUGCACAAACCAAACACUGGCCUCAGAUAGGGCCUUUUCUUUGCGGCCACCAUGUUUUUUCCUACGCGCUCGCUAAUCAGUUGAGUGCAUUCUGCAAAUUAACCACUAGAUAUCACAAAAUAUUACACGUUGGUCCUUUUAAAGGCAAGUUCUCAGUAGUAACACUAUGACAAUUAAAUCAAUUAAAUAUACCAAAAAUGUAAAGGACCUUUAGAAAUUGAGUUCAAAACAGUAUGUGCUUUUGUCAAAAAAGCCAAAAAUCAACUGUAUAUUAAUAACAAUUAAAGAUCAACCAGAUGUAUUAUUAGCUUGUUGUUUAAAGGCCAAAGACACUCGUUUUUGGAAGGUUUCUUAUGUAUUCUUUGAGGAACCUGAUUUCAUACAAUUGUUUACUUUGCAACUAAGACUUGCUACCAACCUGGUCAUUUAAAUGCCCAAUGAGAGGAUUUGGUUACUCUUUCAUGUGAAAGCCACAGCAGAACUCAUUAUCAUAAUCAGUACGAUGUUUUGUAAGUUACUGACAUUAUGCACUGAGUUCAGGAACUUGCGUUAUACAAUCUAAGACAUUCAAUUCAGCUUCAUUGGAAACAUAUAACAUAUUUGCUGGCAAGUCAUAAAGACACUCAACACUCUCAAUUUAUCAUAUAAAUCACCUGAUCAUUGUCAUCAUUUGUAUGAAUUAUAAUUUUAUAAAAAGGAGUAAUGCUGCGUGUUCUCAGGAACUUUAUUGGCACAGCAGUAAUCACUGAACCAUUUACUUCUUGAAUAUGCAGUAUUUGUUGUCCUCGGUGCUACUGUUCAUCUUUUCAUGUGUUUAUUUGUG